UUGUCACGCAUCGAACUACAAUCCCAUGAUCCUGCGCGUGGUUCAACCUUCACCCCAUCCGUUUGCAGCUCGCACCCCCAUUCCUGCUUUGACAUCAGCUGUUCCGCCUACACUUCGGUAGCAUCCUGCUGGAAGAGGCAGAGGAGCGCAGAUCCAUAGCAUGAUGUUCCUUUUAUUAAUUAUCGCGGGCCUCGGAGUGGUGACGCUGCUGGUGAUUUUAUUUGCGCCACAAAUAAGAAAAUAUGCAGCAGGAAGAGUGUGCAAGUCCACAACUCGUCUUGAUGGGAAGACGGUCCUCAUCACUGGAGCCAACACAGGAAUUGGGAAGGAGACUGCCCUGGAUCUGGCAAUUCGAGGAGCUCGGGUGAUCAUGGCGUGUCGAGAUGUGGAAAAGGGUGAGGAGGCUGCGGCCAGUAUACGAGCCAGUUACCCCGAAGCACGAGUGGAGGUCCGGGAGCUCGAUUUGGCAGAUACGUGCUCUAUACGAGCCUUCGCACAGAAAUUCCUAAGAGAAGUCAACCAGCUACAUAUCCUUAUAAACAACGCUGGGGUGAUGAUGUGCCCCUACACGAAAACUGUCGAUGGCUUUGAGAUGCAUAUUGGAGUCAAUCAUUUGGGCCACUUCCUGUUGACAUCCCUUCUAAUCGGGCUUUUAAAGCGCAGCGCUCCGGCUCGGAUUGUGGUGGUCUCCUCUCUGGCACACAACUUUGGCUGGAUCCGCUUCCAUGACCUUCACAGCCAGGGCAGCUACAACAGCGGAUUAGCAUACUGCCAGAGCAAACUGGCAAACGUACUGUUCACCAGAGAGCUGGCUUCCAGACUCAAAGGAACUAAUGUCACAGUGAACUCUGUUCAUCCGGGGACGGUAAACUCUGACCUGACCAGACAUUCAACUCUGAUGACGAUAUUGUUCACCGUCUUCUCCGUGUUCCUGAAAACUCCACGGGAAGGAGCACAGACUAGCAUCUACUGUGCCAUUGCAGAGGAACUGCACUCUAUCUCUGGGAAACACUUCAGUGACUGCACCCCUGCCUUUGUGGCCCCACAGGGAAGAAGUGCGGAGACCGCGAGGAGACUGUGGGAUGUCAGCUGCGAGCUUCUUGGAAUCGAGUGGGACUAAUUAGGCUUUCGACCGCCAUCUAUCUCAGCUCUCGAAGGAGUCCUUAACAUUAAAAAUUUUCAUUGAUUUAAUUAAUUCCAUUAUUGUUUUGAUGUUCUGUACUUUCCUACCUAAUAAGCAGUCAGGUAAUUUAAGUAAGAGGUACUACAAUGUGAAGUUGCUUUUUUGUGUAAUAAUAUAUUAAUUACAUUAUAAUAACUUGAGUAUUUUGGUGCUCUGCAACAGCUUCUCAAACCAAAACCACUCAACCAUAUUAUCAUGUAAACACAAAUACCUUUUCGACUUUAUAUUUUUUGUGAGACAAUGUGAAUAGUGUAGGCAAAAAAGCAACUUGAUGUGUUGUAAUGCUGUAGGAUACAGUAAGGAGUCAACACAGGGUAAAAGACCAGCAUCUUUAUCAAGUAUUAUGUUUUUUCCAAAUGAUUUUUGCUGAAUUCGCAGUUAAAUUGCUUGACUUUAGUGCCAGCAUUUCUUAACAACUGCAGGGGUUCUUACAGCGUUUCCAGGUUGAUUCAAAUUUAUUAAAGUAUUAAACAUGUGCGACAGUCUGAGCCAAAAUCACUGCUUAAAUAGCAUAAAUGUAUUUUGUCAUAACUCUAAUAGUCGAUGUACAAGAUACGAUUUUUUUUCUAUUAUAGACAACGAAUAGUUGAGAUUACAUUCAUAUUUCCAAAGAUUGUUUUUGUUUUGUUUGUUUUUUUACCCCCCUACUCAGUGCGAUCUGCACAUUCCUGUAAGAACUAGUUUGAAAUUUAUAAGGAUCUCUUUAAUCAUGUUUCCUUUGCAGCAUUCACAUGCAGGUUUGCCAGGAGUUUACAUUCUGUGUUUUAUACAAGUCAAAACAUGCCUUUUACUACAUUUACAUUCAUGUUACCAGUUGAAUGUUUACAUUUUAUGUAAAUAAAACUGAAAUAUUACUAAAAA